AUGAGCUCCACAAUUUCGUCGAAGAUUGGUGAAUCGAUUCCACCAAACACUAAACAUGCGGUUUCGGUGUGUCUGCCAACAUGGGAAGCUACGGUGGGCUAUGAAGAGGCAGAUCCCGCUGUAGUGGAUGUGAUGAGUACGGGAUAUCCAAGGUUUUUCAUUCAUAAAUCCAUUGCUAGGUUAUGUGAGGUUCUGAGCGAUAAGUAUGCCAAAGAGAGCGAGACGUGUCUGUGCUUCCCAUCGUACAGUGUUGCCAAGAGGUGUAGAGAGUUCAUAGCUGUGAAAGCUCCUACUGUGUUUUCAGAGCUGCCAGCUCCCAAAGUACGUAUCUUGCAGCUGGCUACCACGAAACCUAUCAAUGCCGAAGAGGCAAAGUGGAAGAGAGAAUGCAAGAUUGCCGUAGUGUUUGUGGCCAAAGAAUACUACCCGUUGAUGAAGCAGUACUGGCAGCACACGGGCGAAAUCAUAUCCAGUAGAUUCGCAGAGUACGUGUUGCACGAGCUCUUUAUUGUUGAGAGGUCUAGUAGGACUGCGGAUGUCUCCCGCGAGGCUGGGGAAGACGUUGGCGGGACUCGCAGUGAGGAAGAGUUUAUCGAGACCAGAUUCGGCAGGAGCCUGGAUCUCUCCUUUGCAGACCAGGCGAAGCAGCUGAUCAAGAAGCGCAUCGCAACGAAAGUUGUCGAGGAGGGCUCUAGCGAGGACGUGGCGCCACAGGAACAUGUCGUGGCGACAGAGUCGACAGUUGUAGAGACUAUUGAGCAAAGCGACACCGUGGCCAGCGAGAUAAUCGAUGUGCAGGACAUCGAAAGUGACAGGCGGCGCGGUCUAGAGGUAAAUCCCGACAAGGAUGUGUUCUUGUUCCCGAGCGGUAUGGCAUCCAUCUUCACAGCACACCGUCUGCUGUUGCACUACGAUUCCCAGCGAGUCAGUAGAUCAAGAUUCAGCAGCGCCAGCGGGGCCGCGGCCAACACAGAGAAUCACUCGCCAUCGCCAGCAUCAUACCUGGUCGGGUACGGUCCGCCAUACAAGAAGACGGUCAUGUUCGGGUUCCCCUACACAGAUACGCUCAGUAUACUUCAAAAAUUCAACCACACCCACUUCCUAGGCCACGGUGACUCCUCGUCGAUGGAGGAGCUGAAAAGCAUCCUGCAGUCCGGCGAGCAAAUCCUUGCGGUGUUCAUGGAGACGCCGUCAAACCCACUUCUGAAGAUGGGCGACCUGGUCGAGCUCAGACGACUCGCCGAUCUGUACGGCUUCUUCAUCGUGGUCGAUGAGACCGCGGGAGGAUUCGUCAACAUCGACGUGCUCCCGCACGCAGACAUCGUGUGCAGCUCACUGACCAAGAUCUUCAGCGGCGAUUCCAACGUGAUCGCGGGCUCGAUGGUGCUGAAUCCGCAGAGCAAGCUGUACCGCUUCGCACAAACGUUCCUGCUCGCCAACGGCGAGUACGAGGACCAUCUGUGGUGCGAGGACGCUCUGGCCCUCGAGCGGAACUCCCGCGACUUUGUCCAGCGAACCAUCAAGAUCAACCGCAACACAGAGUGUCUGCUGCAGAACGUCCUGAUCCCGCAGAGCGGGAAGCUGUUCAAGAAGAUCUUCUACCCCAGUUUGACCUCCAGGGAGACCAAGCUCCACUACGACGCCGUCCGCUGCAAGGCCGACGGCGGCUACGGCGGCCUUUUCUCGCUGACUUUCUACCGCCUCGAGCAGGCCCGCGCAUUCUUCGACGCCCUGCACCUCUGCAAGGGCCCCUCCCUCGGAACAAACUUCACCCUCGCCUGUCCCUACGCCAUCCUGGCCCACUACCGCGAGCUCGACCAAGUUGCCCGCUACGGUGUCGAGCGCUCGCUCGUCAGAGUCAGCGUCGGGCUCGAAAACAAGAACUACCUCUGUCAAGUCUUCCAGGACGCCAUCGACAAGGCCCUCCUCGCAUAA